AGUCAAAACUGCCGCUGUCCGUUUUGCUGAUAAGCACCGCGUCUUCUCCUUCUUUGGUAUCAGAGGAAGACUCAAGAUUUUUAUCAGUCCUCCCGCUGUCCCUACUGCAUUACACAUUGCAGCUAACGCGGUAGAUGGGAGACGAACCAUUCUGACGGACCCUCGUCCGCACGAGGAUUGAGAUUCCGCACUAGCGUUACGACAGCUUCAAAAAUGCGGCAGGCAUGGAACCUCUACACGCGUGUGAUGCGCGAUCACCCAGUGAAGACCCAACUUAUCACCACGGCUACCGUCAUGCUGUCGGGCGACCUGAUCGCCCAGAAAGUGCUCGAACGACGGUCGGAUAUCGAUGUGCCACGAGCGGCGAGGUUCUUCGUCAUGGGCGUGGCAUUCGUUGGUCCCGCUCUCCGUGUCUGGUACCUUGCACUCGAACGCAUCGUCGGCAGCGGGGGCGGGCGAGCGAUGGUCAUCAAAAAGGUGUUCCUCGACCAAGCCGUGUUCACUCCGGUGUUCCUACCGAGCUUUCUGGUGACUCUCGGUGCGCUCCAGCAACGCUCAUGGGACAGCAUUAAGGACACCUUGCGAGCCGACUACCUGCCCAUCCUGAAGGCAAAUUACAUGCUCUGGCCCGCGGCACAGCUUAUCAACUUUAGCUUGGUUCCUCUUAAUUACCGAGUGCCAUUUGCAAGCUGUGUGGCACUCGUCUGGAACACUUACUUGGCUUGGAAGGCCAACAGGAUGCAGCUGGCGUAACCGCAGCAUCACCCUUGAAGUACACCGACUUGGUGGCUGACGGUCCAAGAAUUAUCUUGAGAUUUCUACAAGUUCUUACCAUCUAGAUCAAAGCCAGUUCUCCUACAUAAGCCGAGUUGACAUGGUGUCACUGAAAAUCAUAUAUGAUUUUUAAACACAGCCAUUUAUAUUGCACUUUGCUGCAUGUGCUUCGCUAAAGCUGCAUUCACACGACAGGUGAAAUCGUCGUACAAGCCUGCAGAUUGCACACUAUGUCGCCAUACAUCUGCCGUUCCCGCUUCGGUCCGUGCAGGAGCGAUUCGUGAAACAACGGAGGUCCAAAUCACAGUUGAGAUCCUCUGGGUAGCAAUGCCGAAAUCCUCUCUUGCAGUGUGAGUUCCAGUCCUGCAGUGUGAGUGCUGGCUUCGAAAGGAUCAGAAUUCGUCACAUGCCAUCCGACUGAUUCGUGCGUGAUCACAUCCGUCAUGUGAAUACAGCCCUAUGGGCAAAUGGAAGUAGCUCUCUUGAGGCACACUUGCGACCACCACAACAUUCGUGCCAAGAAUUUUGUGCUGAGCAACAGACUCUGUAUUAGCUGUUUGUUUCAAAUUGUGAGCGUGACGUUACAAUUUUUCUAACGAACAGCUAUAAGUAUUUUGUUUCUUAUUUAGUAGACAAAGACUGCCGAAACUACCCAUGUCAUGUAGACUUCAGAGUAUUUAGCCAUGCAUUUUUGUGAGGUUGAUAUCAAUUUGCAUACCCUCUACACACCAUGUUGUAUAUUGCAACAAGAACAUGUCGGAGUGAGUUUGAGCCAAAUCGUGCAUUACAUGCACACUGUCGCGAUGCAAUGUGUUACGUUCUCGUAUUGAAUGCAAGCAUUGCAUUGUGGUUGCUUGUCGCAAAAGUGAGUCAGCCUGCGGAGUCGGUUGCUGAUGUGUCGACGUGGAGUGCCCUCCAUGUAGUUAUGUCUAAGUAUAUCAUAACUUGUGGCAAAAGUGCAAUUACAAACAUUACGUUAAAAGUGCUGUGGUUCGGGAGAGUUGGUUUUCCAUGAACUUAGCAUGUAUUAGCAUGGCACAUAUGAAAAGAAAGAAAAAAGAUGACACACACGUCAAGAAAGGUAGGCGCUACCGUUUAGUGCCUGCCUUUCUUGACGUGUGUGUCAUAUUUUUUCUUUCUUUUCAUAUGUGCUGCGCUGAUACAAACUAAAUUGCAUCAAACUGUGUAACAUGCAUCUAUGUUCGAUAUGGCAUGCACUACAGUUGAUUCUGGAUAUAUCGAACUCGAAGGGAAUUGCAAAAUAGUUCCAUAUAUAGAUAAUUCCAAAUACAAAACAUGCAUAUUUAAGGCCUAAAUUAUGGCAUUUCAGGCCUGGGAAAUCGUUACACAAGUGCUCACAUAACAGUUCACUCACAGUAUAAUGAAGAACGUGGAGUAAACUGCAAGUUACCGCAAUUCAUUUAGUAUAAAAACGGUUCUUAAACUUGUCUUGCUUCUUGCGCGCCGUGAAGUUACAGCCCUUCUCAUUAUCAUUGAAGCUUUCCAAAUAAGCGAAUUUAGCUCCUUCGGCCUCAACAGCGUUGAAUGAGGCAAAAUGCUUUGUAGCAUGGCAAAAGGUUGGUUAGUAGCGGCAGUGAUGACGUUGGCAUAUUCACAACCGCACAGGCACACUUCCGUGGCACCAGACAUGGCAGCGAUGAUCUUUCCAUCGAUGCAGUCAGAAACGGCCACAUCGUCAUCUGCACCGGUAAGUCGCUCACUGUCCAAGAUGGAGGCCAGAAACACUGAUAAGUCACAAAAUGCACCGAGGCACCAUACGCCAACGGUCAUGACGCACCCGAAGUCGUCACCUGGCCCGCAAGGAAAGUUUUUGACUGUGCUUUACUUGACGUCGCUUCAAGCACCAGUCAUAAUUUUUAUCGCUAUAUGAGGGUAAAUGUUCAGUUCAACUCCCGAAUGAGUAUUUAUCAGGAACAAGGCGAGAAGUUCACAAGCCCAAAAAGGGCAAAAGACAAUGUCACGUUUCCACAGUCGACAUGUUGAUAUCAAUGUCACUCCACUGCUUUCAGCUACUUUGAUACAAAAAGCUAGAAAAAGCGCAGCCUCCAAGCUGUGCGUUUUAAAACCGAGAACACCAAAAAUACCCCACGAGGUUGCACAUCUCAAAGGCCAUGCUUUUUCAGGCUCGUGUGCCACUGUACGCCAACAAGCAAGGAAUGGAAUUUGAACAUUGCAAUGAGAUUGCCGAGUCACUUCGCAUUCUCAUUUGGUGUCAUCGACAAUCGGUUUUUGUGAAAAACACUAUGCCCCUUUUAAGACCUGCAGAUCGAACAUCAAACAUACUGGUCCACACAAGAAAGCAGAUCAGCGCGAUGAAAUAAUACCGCCUUUUCGUCACCUGUGCACUCAAAAGGAUUAAAGCUUGUUGGAACUUGGCCGAAAAUUGAUCAAUAUUUGCUAGAAAAAAUGCAAUUUCUGGCCCUUGGCACGGUGUAGCAUUCAAUAUAGCGGAUGUCCCACUGUGCGAGAGCAGGGUAUACGGGUGCACCAGUCCCAUGCAUUUGCAUGGAAAAUUCAAGCAGAUUUCUAAACUGUUAUAUAUAGCCAAUAAUUCGAUAUAUCCGAGUUUGAUAUAUCCAGGAGUGACUGUAUUCGGUUUCAAGCUCAGAAAGUCAGAGUACCUUUGCAGCAUUGCUUGCUAUGUAUGUACGAAAUGGAGUACGCGUUUUAUUACUCUCGUACUGUUUCGGCUACCCCGUGGCACACAUCAUUGCUGUAGUGUGCAAUAAGGAAUUUUGGUGUUCCAUCAUGCCCAGCCAUGAUUACGAUGCUCUAAGUGUCUUGCAGCAAAAUAGAUUGUGCCUAUGAAAUACCUUUCACUUGAGAAACGUAGUGUUUGCCACUGGAUCCUGAAGACACCUCAACUGUAGUGUGCCAAAACUGUUGCAUAUCAAAUCAUAUUGCACCGUACACUGUGUUUGCAGCAGUGCAUCACAAUCUUGUGGACCAUUCAGAGCUGCUCUGCUGCGUGUUAAGCUUAAAAUAAUAUAGAAUAGCUAAAUAAAUGAUUCUACUUUAUUUU